UAUGCUGAAUGAGCAUGCGCGAUAAGUUAACGUUCUGGGUGACCCUGGCUGACUGGUUGAUGUCGGUUAUAUAAGGUGAAUGCAAUCCGCUGGUGUUGUAAAUGUAACUUUACUACUAAAAACAGCUCGAUAGCGAUAAGGAAUUGAGAUCAACAAUGUUAACAUCUCGGAUGCUAGUUCGAUGUGGCGCGGAGAAUGCGUUGAAAAACAUAACGGCCAUUGCUCCUCCCGUGAAAGUGAAACAAGGAUUUGUUGUAAACCACCUCUGGCUUCACCGGGCACCUGUUCGGCCAGACAUGUGUUCCGUAAGAAAUUAUGUUGCUACUAAAGAGGAAGUGGACGAUCAUGUUAAGAAAUACAAAGAAGGAAACUUUGAAAAAAUACCUGAUCCAGGUCAUUUAGAACAUUUCAAGACGUCAGAAGCAUUGAAGUCGGUAUCCACUACAACCGCAGCAACAACGGUUACCAAGGUAACGGGGAGUACAUCAGAAGUAACAGAGACGUAUCACCCACCUGUCGGUACACAUGCCCUCCCACACCCAAUAUGGUCACAGGAUGAACUUGAAAAUGUUGAAAUCACACACAAACCACCUGAAGGGUUUGUUGAUAAGAUAGCUUUCUACUGUGUGAAACUGAUGAGAAAAUCUUUUGACCUUUUGACCUUGUUCAAUUUUGGUGAGAGAACAGAAAGAAAAUGGGUUUUAAGAAUCUGUUUCCUCGAGACUGUUGCCGGAGUGCCAGGUAUGGUGGCAGCCAUGACACGGCAUCUCCACUCACUACGGAGACUGGAGAGGGACCACGGCUGGAUCCACACACUUCUAGAGGAAGCCGAGAAUGAAAGAAUGCAUCUGAUGACAGCAUUACAGCUACGACAACCUACCUGGCUAUUCAGAGGAUGUGUAAUAGGAGCUCAAGGUAUAUUUGUGACGUUCUUCAGUUUUGCGUACCUGUUCAGCCCCCGAUUUUGUCACAGAUUUGUAGGGUACUUGGAAGAGGAAGCAGUAAUAACCUAUUCUAAAUGUCUCAAGGAUAUCAAAGAUGGACCGAUGAAACACUGGCAGACACAGGAGGCACCAGACCUGGCCAUCCGUUACUGGAAACUUGAUAAAAAUGCUACAAUGCUGGAUGUAAUUUUGGCCAUAAGAGCCGACGAGGCGCAUCAUCGGGUGGUCAACCAUACGUUAGCGUCACUCAAAGAGGACGAUUACAAUCCUUAUAAACCGGGCAAGUGAGAGAUUGGUGUACUUUAAUAUAAACUUUGUCUCUCGGCCCUUGGUCGACUGGAUCUCCCUGGGCCCAUGGCCUGAAGCCUAAGUUUACGAUGUCGGGACUUGUUGACUUUUUGCGACAAAGUGAUUUACUGUGAAAUUCUCUACCAUUGAUUCUUUUGAUAAAUUCCGAAUACAGAUUUGGGAAGUUUAUACCUGUGGAAAUUAUCUAAAGUGUUUCCAAGACGCAACCACAGUAGAGGGAACUUUAUUUUACACUUAUCGCAUUUUAAAUGUUUUUCUUAAUGAAAUCUUUACAGCCCCUUUAGAGUACUGAAGCAUAUAUCGGUUUAAUGAAGUAUCUGAUUUCAGUUUGUACAUAUCAAAUAAGAGGAUUGUAUUGUUAUUGGCAUGUAAAUCUUAUAACGAGUACCUGGUACAUACAUACCGGGUAGUUGUCAUGAAGAAUAUGUUUUAAAACUUUUACUUUCAAUUAUAAUGGAAAAGAGAAAUCUCAUAAAUUCUUUAAUGUCUAUAAGUAAAUUAAAUUUUAUAAUAUAAUAAGUUCGAAAAAUUGAAAUGAAAUGAGCCGUUUAGUGAAUAUCCUCACUAAUUAUAGAUUGAGGUUAAUUGGUACAUUUGUGUAACAGAGACAAGAGUGCAAUUUGAUUCAAAAUAAAUUGAAAUCCAACUGUUGCAUAAAAUACGUAGAUUUCAGUUUAGAUGGUGCUUUUCAUCGCCAAGAUAAUUUCUGUGUGGCAUAAUUUAUCUAUGACACUGUGAUAUGGAAAAACAUUAUUAGUCUGCAUCAGACUGUAUUUAUUAUGUUAUUAAUGUUUAAAAUAGGCUAAUGAUGUGAUAACUAUAAUUUAAUGUCAUGAUCAGUUUAUGUCAGUAAGAAACUUAAAUCCAUAUAUAACUUUUAUAUUAAAUAGAAUUUAGUAUCUACCUUCAAUUAUCAUGUAAAUAAUGCUUUUGUAAGUAUGAAGGUAUAUUUCCCCUUAAAAAACUGAUCACUCUUAUAAUAUAUACAUUUUUGAGUAUUUUCCCCCUAAUUUUAGCCAUAUUGUAAAUAUACAGUAAAUAAUGCUUUUUGUAAGUAUGAAGGUAUAUUUCCCCUUAAAAAACCGAUCACUCUUAUAAUAUAUACAUUUUUGAGUAUUUUCCCCCUAAUUUUAGCCAUAUUGUAAAUAUACAGUAAAGUAUAAUUAGUGUAUGAUAAACCAUCAUAGUUCUAUGGUUUAUGUUGUACGUUAUUGUAUUAGUGUAUUUUAUUUGUUAGUUUUGUUAACAAUUUUACCGGUAAUAUUGAUAUUUUGUUUUGUAGUUAAUUUUAUUUUUAAUUGUGUUUUUAUAUACAGGUACAAUGUAAUAUAUUUGUCUCCGCAUGACACUCUCUUCGUGUAAUUACAGGUAUUUUCUCGGUCAAUUCCAUCUGUAUAACUUUUAUUAUUGCAGAAAAUAUCGCAUUGUUAUGGUUAUUAUAAACAAAUUAGCUUUCAUACUUAGAUCAACCCUCAAGUCUGUUUAAAAAAUGAACUUUUAAUUUAAAAUUAUCAUACAAAACUACCAUAGACUCAUGUUAAACAAAACUUGGCCUGAUAUUUUACAUUUUCUACAAACUGUUACAUUAAUCAUUACUCUAAUACUUUUUUUCAGAGAUAUGUUUUUUAUCGAGACAUUUACAAUGUUAAUUCUCCUAUUACUGUAUACUAGUACAUGGUUUUGUUAAAUUUCACGAGGGUAAUAUAUAUCUCAGUUCUCCACAGUCGAGCCUAGUUCAAAUUCGCGGGUAUUAAAUUUUGUGCAAAGAUGCCUUGAAAACAAUCUGCAGUAAACGCUUACAUACAUGUAUAUCAUAAAAAUAUUUGCUGGUUAUUUUAAGCUAUAUUUCAUACUAUCAACUAUGUAUUAUUUUAGAACUACAUAUGGGAAGUUAUUUUAUAAACAAAUUAAUGCAAAUUAAUUCAUGGGAAGUGUUGUAUUUUUAUUUUCUUAAUUGUUAUGUCUGUUCUGUAAAAACGUAAUUAUGUACGUAAUUAGAACAAACUGGUUUUUAAGGAUUUUUCUUUUUGAAUCCUAACAUCACAUUCAGCAGCUGACAUUAGUCAAAGUCUACAUUUAUUGGACAGGAUUAUUGGCCUUAUAUAUAUAUAGUACCAUAUUCCUCCACUAGAGGGAGUACUCAUUUGUACAAAUUUUGUAUUUUCAAAGCAUAAUGUUGAAAAAGUAUAGCAGACAAUACAAGCCAGUUUAUUUAUACUCUGAUUAAAUAGUCAUGAUUAAUUAAAAAAGAGAGAAAGACUGGACGAAGUCAUUAAACAUAACCCUUUACUACAAACUAUGUUGUUUGCAAGAACUUGUUUCAAGAAAUCCACAAAUUAAAUUUGUGUCAAAUGGCUCUAAACAUUUCAUAACAAUAGAAUAAUUUGCAGCAAAUUUGCAAGAAUCUAGUUGUACUUACUGCAUGUAACCCAGAUCUGUCUAUGUCUAAAUUUAGCUUCAGUUUGUCAGUCCCUUCUAAUUGGUGGUAGGGUGACACAGGCAAACAAGGGUUCAAUUCCCCGAUCAGACAUGAAAAGGUAUGGGGUCAUCUAUCUGCACGACCCCAUGGAUAUUCACCUGGGUGCUCCGUUUUCCUCCCAGAGAUUCUGGGGGCCUCUUGUGUUUCCAUCCAGGCCAACAAGAGUGAUUCAUAUAUCAUUUUAGUUAAAGUUGUUUUGCAAUUGUUAAAUUAUUGCUCUUGCUGUGUAAUAUAAGAUAUCUGCAUGCCGAUUCUCUAAUCUUAGAAAUAUAUUUUGUCUGUUGACCUGUCAAUCAACAAAAAACCUAUUUGUACUGUUUCUUAUCAAAUUUACAGUGUAAAGUUAUUGUGAAUUACACUGUAAGGAGAUUAAAGUGACCUUGUAAAAAGGUUUCUAGAAUUUGCUUCCUGGGAAGGAACACAAUAGGAUUGUCUGGUUAAGACAAAGUAGGGAACACAGUAGGAUGUCUGGUUAAGACAAAGUAGGGAACAAUAGGAUUGUCUGGUCAAGACAAAGUAGGGAACACAAUAGGAUUGUCUGGUCAAGACAAAGUAGGGAACACAAUAGGAUGUCUGGUUAAGACAAAGUAGGGAACAAUGAGAUGUCUGGUCAAGACAAAGUAGGGAACAAUAGGAUGUCUGAUUUAGACAAAGUAAGGAACACAAUAGGAUGUCUGGUCAAGACAAAGUAAGGAACACAAUAGGAUGUCUGAUUUAGACAAAGUAGGGAACACAAUAUGAUGUCUGGUCAAGACAAAGUAGGGAACAAUAGGAUUGUCUGGUCAAGACAAAGUAGGGAACACAAUAGGAUUGUCUGGUCAAGACAAAGUAGGGAACACAAUGAGAUGUCUGGUCAAGACAAAGUAGGGAACACAAUAGGAUGUCUGGUCAAGACAAAGAAGGGAACACAAUAGGAUUGUCUGGUCAAGACAAAGUAGGGAACACAAUAGGAUGUCUGGUUAAGACAAAGUAGGGAACACAAUGGGAUGUCUGGUUAAGACAAAGUAGGGAACACAAUAGGAUGUCUGGUCAAGACAAAGUAGGGAACACAAUAGGAUGUCUGGUCAAGACAAAGUAGGGAACACAAUAGGAUGUCUGGUUUAGACAAAGUAGGAAACACAAUAGGAUGUCUGGUUUAGACAAAGUAGGGAAUACAAUAGGAUUGUCUGGUCAAGACAAAGUAGGGAACACAAUAGGAUGUCUGGUCAAGACAAAGUAGGGAACACAAUAGGAUUGUCUUGUCAAGACAAAGUAGGGAACACAAUAGGAUUGUCUUGUCAAGACAAAGUAGGGAAAAAAAUAUGAUGUCUGGUCAAGACAAAGUAGGGAACACAAUAGGAUUGUCUUGUCAAGACAAAGUAGGGAACACAAUGAGAUGUCUGGUCAAGACAAAGUAGGGAACACAAUAGGAUGUCUGGUCAAGACAAAGUAGGGAACACAAUAGGAUUGUCUGGUCAAGACAAAGAAGGGAACACAAUGAGAUGUCUGGUCAAGACAAAGUAGGGAACACAAUAGGAUUGUCUGGUCAAGACAAAGAAGGGAACACAAUGAGAUGUCUGGUCAAGACAAAGUAGGGAAUACAAUAGGAUGUCUGGUCAAGACAAAGUAGGGAACACAAUAGGAUGUCUGGUCAAGACAAAGUAGGGAACAAUAGGAUGUCUGGUCAAGACAAAGUAGGGAACACAAUAGGAUUGUCUUGUCAAGACAAAGUAGGGAACACAAUGAGAUGUCUGGUCAAGACAAAGUAGGGAACACAAUAGGAUUGUCUUGUCAAGACAAAGUAGGGAACACAAUAGGAUGUCUGGUCAAGACAAAGUAGGGAACAAUAGGAUUGUCUGAUUUAGACAAAGUAGGGAACACAAUAGGAUGUCUGGUCAAGACAAAGUAGGGAACACAAUAGGAUGUCUGGUCAAGACAAAGUAGGGAACACAAUAGGAUGUCUGGUCAAGACAAAGUAGGGAACACAAUAGGAUUGUCUGAUUUAGACAAGGUAGGGAACACAAUAGGAUGUCUGGUCAAGACAAAGUAGGGAACACAGUAGGAUUGUCUGAUUUAGACAAGGUAGGGAACACAAUAGGAUGUCUGGUCAAGACAAAGUAGGGAACACAAUAGGAUUGUCUGGUCAAGACAAAGUAGGGAAUACAAUAGGAUGUCUGGUUAAGACAAAGUAGGGAACAAUAGGAUGUCUGGUCAAGACAAUGUAGGGAAUACAAUAGGAUUGUCUGAUUUAGACAAAGUAGGGAACACAAUAGGAUUGUCUGAUU